AGUAUGAAGAAGAUAGGCUAUUUUUUCAGACGAAAGGAUGCGUAGAACUUCUAGAUUUGGAGCCUAACGUACCGAACACAUCAGCCUUCGCUCUUUUCUGCAACUUGAAAGGGACAGAUUGCUUAAUCUUCUGAUUUCUUCUCUUCCAAUUGAAACAAAAAUAGGAACUCUUCACUAACCCCGUAGGCCAUAGCAUCUGCUACUCUUUGUUCGCUUGCCUCAAUUUCUUGCACUCUUCAGAGUAUCUUUAAUGGCAAAGAUGCACAGGAAACUCUUCCCGGCUUUGAGUGCAAUAAACCAGACCGGAGACUGUCCGGACUUCUGCGACCCAGCCUGCCCCUAUAAUUGCUAUCCUUAUGCAGAUUAUUAUUAUCUGUCUCCACCACCACCACCACCUCCACCUCCUUCUCUGUUACCAGCAGAGCAUCGGUUAUCACCUUAUGUGAUCGUUACAGUUUCUUUGCUGGCCAGUUUCUUCCUUGUUGUUAGCUAUUAUGUUAUCAUAGCUAAGUCCUGUCCUAGUUGGUGCUGUUCAAGGAACAAUAGACAGCCACGAGAUGAAGCAGAUGAUGCGGAUGAAGAGUUUCUUGAUGAGAACCAGGUUGAUCAUCCGAUUUGGUUUAUUACAACAGCAGGUUUGCAACAGUCGAUAAUCAAUUCGAUCACGGUUUGUAGGUACAAGAGAGGCGAAGGGCUUAUUGAAGGUACCGAAUGUUCAGUUUGCUUGAGUGAGUUUCAACAAGAUGAGACUCUUAGGCUAUUGCCUAAGUGCAACCAUGCCUUCCACAUUUCUUGUAUUGAUACUUGGUUAAGAUCUCACACAAAUUGUCCUUUGUGUCGUGCACAUAUUGUCAAUGACCCUGUGAACACAUCCCUUGUUUCGGCAAAUCAGAAUCCUGGUACUCAGAACGCAGUAAUCAGAACCCAGAUGGACAAUUCUGAAGUUGAUGGUGAAUCAGGCAAUCCUCAGGAUCUCGAGAGAAAUGAACAGCGUGAAAACAGGGCUGGAGCAGAGGAGGGAGGCGAAAUAGUCCUUGUUGGAAACGAAAGAAUAAUGAAGGAUGAUGCAAAUUCUACUGAAACUGAUGAUAUUGAGAAAAUUAAUGAAUCUGGUGAUGAUUUUGAGGUUGCAAAAAGUGAAAUACAGCCAAUAAGAAGAUCUGUUUCACUGGACUCUUUGAAAGCUGCAACUAUGUAUCUUAAUCUGACCAAUACAAGUGCAGUUGAAUUGGAAGGAAGUUUGAUUAAUCAGAAAGAAAACAGUGAACAGCCUAAUCCAAGUAUUGUUUCGAAGCAAGAUGCAUUCAAGCAAUUGCGCAGUUCUUGCAUCACACAACAUCUGCACAAAAGUCCUGUUUCUAUGAAAAGAUCAUUUUCUUGCGGUGGGAGGUUCUUCUCAUCGAGACAAAACAGAAACCUGAAUUCAAUUCUUCCCUUAUAAAGACAAAAUACACUUUUUGCUAUUAUGUUUCGUACGAGAUAUCUACAAAUUGGAGACUUCUCGUUCCUUCUCAUGUCCCAAUAAUGAAGCAAGGGCUUAAACACACAAGUCGUGGGAUGUUGAAGCAUUGAGGAAGACGAGAACAAGAAGUAAAGUUAGAAGAGAUCUGAUUCAGAUGAAUAAAGAAAUAAGUUUGAAGCUGUGGAGCAGAACCAGAAAUUUCUGUACCACAAGAUCGCGAGUUAGCUGAUGCCUUGAAGGAGAAGGUAUCGCUUUAAACAACCCAUUAUGCCUUUGAUAUUUUGUUGUAUGAAAAUUUGUAGCUGCAGAGAUGAAACCAUUGAUUUGGCCUAUGAUAAAGAGUGUCCUUGUGUUGAUUAGUAGGCGUUAAUUCAAGUUGUUAAAGAAUAAUCCUUGCAUAUAGAAAUUGUCAAUGUUUAAAAGAAUUUAUAGCAGAAACCAUGGAUGAU